AAAAAAAAGAAAGAAAAAAGAAACAGUAGUAGAACUGCGCGUCGCGUCCAACCCCAGCAGCAGCUCGCCUCGCCUCUUUCCCCCCGAGCUUCAGACAAAACAAGAUGAAGAGGAUCCGGCACCCCAGCAGCAGCGACGACUCAGACAAUGAAAGUAACUCCACCUGCUGGUCCCAGCACUCAGCACAGCACAGGAGGGGGACCGGCCAGAAGCCCUCAGAGGUCUUCAGGACCGACCUGAUCACAGCCAUGAAGGUGCACGACUCGUACCAGCUGAACCCCGAGGACUACUACGUCCUGGCCGACCCGUGGAGGCAGGAGUGGGAGAAGGGUGUCCAGGUCCCGGUCAGCCCCCAGUCCAUCCCUCAGCCGCUUUCCAGGCCUGCUACGGCAUCCAGAAGGUGCCAAAAGGCAGCUGGCUCUGCCGCAUCUGUGCGCUCGGCAUCCUCCCAAAGUGCCAGCUGUGUCCAAAAAAGGGCGGAGCCAUGAAGCCGACGAGGAGCGGAACCAAGUGGGUCCACGUCAGCUGUGCCUUGUGGAUCCCAGAGGUGAGCAUCGGGAAUCCAGAGAAGAUGGAGCCAAUCACCAACGUGUCUCACAUUCCCAGCAACAGGUGGGCUCUGAUCUGCUGCCUGUGCAAGGAGAAGACUGGAGCCUGCAUCCAGUGCUCUGCCAAGAACUGCAGAACUGCGUUUCACGUGACGUGCGGCCUGCAGGCCAGCCUGGACAUGAGGACCGUGCUGACGGAGGACGACGAGGUGAAGUUCAAGUCCUUCUGCCCCAAACACUCCGGGAUCGAAGGAACCGAGMCCCCGGCCAAAGACCCGGGACCCGAGAAGGAGAGCCCCCGGGACAAGAAGAGGUGGCCCAGCAGCGGGCAGGAGGAGCUCAGCAACCAGCAGGAGCAGGAGAAGAGAGUCAACCUCCGCAAGAUGAAGCUCCAGGAGCUGGAGGAGGAGUUCUACCAGUUCGUGGAGGUGGAGGAGGUGGCCAAGAACCUGAAGCUGUCCCUGGAGGUGGUGGACUUCCUCUACCAGUACUGGAAGCUGAAACGCAAAGCCAGCUUCAACCAGCCGCUCCUCGUGCCCAAGAAGGACGAGGAGGAGAGCCUGGCUCGCCGCGAGCAGGAGGUGCUGCUGCGGCGCCUGCAGCUCUUCACCCACCUGCGGCAGGACCUGGAGAGGGUCCGGAACCUGACCUACAUGGUGACCCGGAGGGAGAAGAUGAAGCGCUCGCUGUGUAAAAUCCACGAGCAGAUUUUUCAGCACCAGGUCCGGCUGCUGGACCACGAGCUGCUCAACGGCGAUCCUUCAGAGAAGGACCUGGAGACGCUCUGCUCCCUCGGCUGGUCGUCCCCGCAGGAGUCCUCCCAGCUGGGCCACUCGGGACUGAGAACUAAACGAGGGUCCCUGAAGCAGAAGAGAAAGAAAAGCCCCCCCAACUCCUCCCACUGCGACGAGAAGCCGCCAGAGACGAAAGACCCCGAGAYGUCCCGGGUCCAGGAGUCUGCAGCAGAGACCAGAGUCCAGAAGUCUCACAUGAGGCUACAGAUCUUCCUCCCAAAGCUCCAGAGACCAGAGGUGGUCCUGGGAGCUCCUAUCAAGCUGCACAAACUCGAGACCGUGAAGGGCCUGAGGCGGGACCCCACAGGACAGGACCCCACAGGACAGGACCCCACAGGACAGGACCCCACAGGACGGGACUCCACAGGACAGGACUCCACAGGACGGGACUCCACAGGACGGGACUCCACGACGCGGGAAAUCGAAGAGGCGGUGAGGCUGAAAGACGAGCAGGAGGAGAGGGGGAGGAAGAGGAGGAGUGACGCUGCAGAUCAGCUGAUCAGGUUUGGGUCCAGGCACCUGGAGAAGACGGUCUCCAUCCGUCUGGUGGACAUCAGGAACUCGGACUCAGACGAGCGAAGGAGCGCCGUGACGUUAAACACUAAGCUGAACAAAACCGUCCCGCUCCCUAAAACCAACGGCUGGCUCAGAAAGCCCCCCGACCCGGACCGGGACCGGGACGCCCCCAGUAGACCCGGACACCUGAAGAGCUGGGGGAAGUUCCGGAUCCCCAAGAGGAGCGGCAAGCCGCUGAGGGAGGAGCAGGAGGAGGAGCGCCGCAAGCCCCUCCUGCGGCCGCUCACCAACGCGUCGGAGCAGUCGUACCUCAGGACGCGGCUGCGCGCUGAGAGCGACGGCGCCGCCGGCGAGCUGGAGCCCUGCCUCAAACAGUGCCACGCCCACAAACUGAGGGGCGACGCCACGCUGGGCCGCCAGUACGGGUCCGAGGUGAUCCGCCAUGGCGUCCUGGCCUCCUGAUGGAAAGAAGCUCCGCCUCCACAGCCGCUUCGCCGUACCUUUAAAGUUUGAACCCUCGAUUAGCGACAGAGCUUUUAUUUAUUUUUUUAUUUGUUCGAUGAUGUAAAGAAAUGUUCUUCCCCUGA